AUGACGGGAAAAGGUCCUAUUGUUCUAGGAUUUAUCUGCACCUUUCAAGACUUGAAGAGCCAGGUAAUUGCUCCGCUGCUGAAGGCCGAUCUUUACGAAGUCAUCCAGUCGGCCAUUGAGGAAAGACUUUCUUCUCGUGCAGUGAUGUGGUCUCUAGAUAAAUGUGUGGCUAGCACUUCCACAACAAAGAGGGACAUCUGGAGUCCCGCGGCCAUAGCCACACAGCAAGAUCCUGGCAUUGGGAUUAGAACUAACAAGCUGGAAUCUGAUGAAACCGUGUCCUGUGGAGCAACAGCAGCUUCUCCUGCUGGAGUCACCACAUGCCCAAAAACUGUGGCUUUUACAGGAAUGGCCUACAGGAAAGAUGAUCCAUCCAUUACUCAGAAUGUGAUGGGAAGCGCUCAUCAAUCCCUUGGCAGGAGAGUUAGAGGCUUUGAGAUAGACACGGCUCAGUACAAGGAUCCGGUGUUCGUCUGCUGGUCCGGCAGCCUGGGAGACAAAGUCCAGGCCGCCCUGGAUUGUAAUCUGCACAGGUCGGCCGCCCAGAGCCUGGUGACCACGUGCGUGAACCGUCUCCUGGCCCAAGGAGCUCAGACUCUGUUCUUUAUGCCGGAGUGUGCUUGUGGCCAACUCCCAGCCGAUGUGACCGGAGCUUUACAGGAAGGACUGGCAUUGGGCUGCAAAAUAACUGGGGCCAAAUUACUAGAAAAAGACUUCACUCUGCCCCUCAGCGUAUAUACUGAUGGGAGCUACCACUUAUCCGGAUUUGCCCUGGGAGUGGUAGAGCGGGAUCACAGGUUACCACGUGCAGAUCGGAUGAGACCUGGCGACCUGGUUAUAGCGAUAGGGUCACCAGCAUCCUACAGCAGCCACAACCUGUCUCUUCUAAAAGACCUCAUGAAACGUCACUCCUUCCAAUACACAUCAGUACUGCCGACCAGUGGUGGCGUCACAGACUGGGGCGAAAUGAUAACGAACUCCAUGGGAUUUAGCCGGCCGGUUCUCCAUGCUCUUCAGUCCGGUAACAUCAACGCCUGUGUUCCUAUUAGUGAGGGUGGACUUGUUGGAAGUAUCCUCCACUACUUACCUGAGCACAUGGGGAUCAUCAUAGACGCUCUCUGUUGGAAGAUCCCGGCUACCUUCUCCUGGUUAUACGAGGAAGGAGAACUUUCUGCGCAGGAACUGGUCUACAACUUCAACUGUGGUGUAGGAGCUGUGCUCAUCACUCAGAAGAAUGCGGCCCAGAAGAUCCUGGCUGAGAUUCAGUAUGGCGAGGAGGCAUGGAUGAUUGGAUCAAUACUGCACCAUCAUUCAGAUUCUCCUCGUGUACAAGUCAGACAUUUUUUAGAAGCUCUAAAACUGAAUAAUUCCCAGCUAUUAAAAAACAGAAUUUUGUACAAAUCACCUGCAAAGAUCUCAAAGGUGGCCGUGCUAAUAUCCACUGCAGGUCCUAAACUGAAGCUUCUGAUGGACACUAUUAUAGAGCUGAGCAGCUGUGUGAGACUGUCCCUAAUAAUCUCUAAUAAGAGCGCUGUGGAAGAAGUCAAGAAGGCUGCAGGAGCUGGGAUCCCCACACGGGUUAUUGACCACACAAUGUUUGGAUGUCAUUCUGAAUUUGAGAACACGAUGUGCAGAGUGUUGGAGGAAUUCUUCAUUGACCUGAUCUGUCUCCCUGGCUCUGGAUGGAAUUUAUCAGAACGAUUUCCAAUAAGAUGGAGAGGGAAGAUUCUGAAACUGUACUCAUCGCUUUUCCCAUCCAAGAAAAUGGACAAAUCUCCAGCGACUGGAUCAGAAGUUCACGGCUGCACAGUGAGCUUCAUGCUUGAUGGCAGCUCCCCUGGACCAAUCCUUCUGCAGGAGACAGUCGUAGCAGAUCCAGAGGUCCCCAUGUGCAAGCAAAUGGAAGAAGCUGAACAGAGAGCAGUGGCCAAGGCUCUACACCUGGUGGCCAGUGGAAGCAUCUCCUUAGGAACAGACGGGUCUAUCUCAUGGAAAGCUGCCGACUAAACACAGAUGUAUUUGUCAGCACCGUAUUUAUAACGCCCACUUGUUCCACUUUUCCAGACAUAAUAGUUGGGUAAAGUGGGCAAAACCAUGACUUUUUAUUUUUUAUUAAAGUGUU